UCGACCUUAAGUAGAUAUACUAGAUAGAUUAAAGACGACGAUGCAAUUGGAGUUGGCUAUAGUGGCACAGCUCUUCCCUUACCCCGCUAAGCAGCCCCUCCUGUAAAACAGCAGCAAGAAAAAAAACCGCACAAUGCCAGAGCUACGGAGAUGCAGGACGAAUUGAAUAUCACAUCGCUUUGCAGCGGAAGUGACCCCUUCCCCCAGAUGCAGAUCGAGGAUGCUGUUCUCAGGGCAGGCAACGAAACGGACCAAUAUUGUGUCCUUACUUUCCAAACCCCUUCCGAAAUGCAAUAUUUAAUGCUGCGAUUCGAGGACCUUUCACUGGGCUGCACCGAUCACUUCGUCAUCUUCGAUGGUCCUCAUGCCAUUGGAAAGAGCAGGAUGGAUGUCUCGUGCCAGCACAAUCGAACAUCAGUGGGAACCCUUUUCACCCAGAGUAACUACGUGACCUUCAAGUACACAACUGAUACCUUGAGACAAACCAACAGCGGAUUUACACUUAUCCUAACUGCGUUCCAGGCCUUUCGCAUCGCUCACCUGUUUGAUGCCUUAACCGACGUAAUUCCUAGUUCGUUAUCUACAGUACUUUUACGAAACGUUCUGCAUCCGCUAGAAGUGCCACCUUUUACCUCUAUCGUAGCUCACAUUCAGAAUCUAAAUCUUCUAUUAGCCGAUUUUGAAAUGUUUAUUUUUUAAUUCGCGAGCCCCCUUUUAGAGGUAACCGCGCGUCAGGCGAUAUUGGUAGGUGCGAUAGUGCUGACAAGUCGUUCAAAUACGCCACGUGUGAAAAAAAUCCAGCAGAUAAAACCUGGACUAACGUCAGACUAAAAUCUUUAAACGGUAACAGGUCAAUACCGCUAAAAAUUUCAAAGUAUAAACCAUUGGAGCGUAUUUAAAUUACCCAAUUUGUUAUUGGUGUUUUCCUUAUCAGACCGCAGUUCAUUUUUGUGUAAAAGAUCCAGGUGUAUCAAAAAAGUCCUUUCAAAACCUUUUGAUACAUUUCCGUUAAACCCAAAAGCCCAGUGAGAGAAUUUCUUAAAAAAAGUGUUUUUUAAAUUAUUCUAAAAGCAGCAUGAAAACUGACAAUAACGUAGGCCGUCGAUCUCAGACAUUUUGUUGCUCUGCGUCAAGAGACUCGAUAGAUAGCUUAGAUUUCGAUAACGAUGCAAUAUUGGUUUUUCAUAGUUAAUUUGUCGAAAAAACAAUUGGCCUUUUUGCGGUAUCAGGAACAGCGACAGGACGCAUCUCUGUAACGGCAAAUAGCCGACCAAAGUUUAGGUUCCGAUUUUUGUGUUUGUAUACAUACAUGCCAACGCGCCGAUCAUAACUCCGUCCUUCGUCGGACAAAACCGGCUACGUCAAACUCUACGCUACACCCUGGACUUGCAGGCCAUCGGUUCGUUCUAAUAACACAGUAUAUCCAGAUCAUGAUAAAAACAGGAUACUAAUAUUUGUGUUUUUUUCUCACAGAAAACUGUAUGAGGUUCUCUGGUGCCAUUCUCCUAACUUUUAACCUGAAUUUUUAGAACAA